AUGACUAUACAUGACAUGGACUCUCUCUCCUUCUACCAUUCACAACAUCCAGAGGUUGAGACCCCAGAGGUUCAGGAGGAGGUGACCGAGGCCGAGGAUAUCGAGGCCGAGAAAGACGAAGAAGAAGAGGAGGACGAAGAUGAGGAUGAGGACGACGAUGAGGAUGAAGAAGAGGGCACUGACCCAUUCGACGAGUUGAAAGAGGAAUGUACCAAGACCGCCGCUUGUGCUCCAUACGUCCACCACUUCCACGAAUGUGUGGAGAGAGUCACCGCCGAGAUGGAGGAAGAGGACUACGCACACAAGGCAUACAAGGAGGAUUGUGUGGAAGAGUUCUUCCACCUCCAGCACUGUGUCAACGACUGCGCUGCUCCAAAAUUGUUCUACAAAUUAAAAUAA